AUGGAGAGGACUGAGGAGCCCUGCUCUUCCUCGUUCGCGAUGGAAUUCCACGACGACGGUGCUGGUCACAGGGCGACCGCGGCCGUCGGGUCUUGGAACGAAGAGAAAAUGUCCUUUCCUCGCCAGCCGUUGGCGGCCGGCUUCGAUUGGCACGCAAACCGCGCGUUGACUUCAAGUGUAUAUACAGCGGAGGAACGGACUUCAGUCAGCGACAUUCCUCGCGAGGCUUCGGCGUCCGGUGCUUCAUCAGGGUCAACGUCGGCGGCUCCUGACGGGGCUGGUAGCACUCUGAGAGUGAUGGCAACCUCUUCUGUCAGGUCUGUCCCUCCUUCUUCAAAUUUCAACUGUCUCUCGUACGAACUCGAAGCGGAGACAGUUGGACGGGAGAGCGACCUCGACGCGUCAAGCAGAAGACUUUAUUCCGCGACGCGUCCCAAGCCUGGAAAGGAUAUCGUUUCUCCUCUGGAGGUGGGUGGAUUUCCUUUGUGUUCGCGUUCCUGUCCAGCCGCCCGAGGGCCGGAGGAGACCGACCGUCUGCGCAGUUCACUUCCUCGGACUCCGACUCCGAACGAUGCCUCUGCGACACAGUCCGUCGACUCCUCGGGUGUAUGUCCGCCUGAGCCGGUUCAGCCGACUGCCGAGCCGCGACGUGGACCGCCGCGUCCUGAACUCCCGCCUGACUCGCUUCUUUCUCUGGGAAACGGCUCGCCUCCCUUGUCCACUGAGAACACAGUUUUGGCUUCCAGUCAGAUCGAUUCGUCUCUCCUCCUUGAGGGGGGCGCACCUUCAGUCUCUGGAAAUGUUCUCUCGUCUUCUGCGUUUUCCUCAUCGGCGUUUCUUCCCUCUUCGCCAGCAGCCUCCUGCGCAGACGCGUCUCCUCCGGCCCUCCCCGGGAUCUCGCCUUCUCUCGACUUCUCGAUUGUCCCUCCCGCCUCGCCCCGAGCCGCGUCUGUCUCCUUCGUUCCCUCGUUCUUGAGGACCAAUACAGACCACUGGAAAUCGACUCUCGCGGAGCCUCCCCUUGGUCCGUCUGCUAACCCGGUCUCUCCUGUCCCCCCUUUGAGCCCUCCGUCUUCGCCUUCGUCUCUCUCUCCUCCUUGUCGAGCGAGGAUCGCCGCCACGCCUGUGCGUUCGUCUCUGUCGGAUUUUGCAGUGUCACCGAGGCGGCCGUGCUUCUCUGUCGCCGCUGCGCAUGCGGUUGCCUCAACGCCCAAGGCGCCCGUCGACGCGAGCAGAGAAGCGCUUUUCUAUCCGUCCUACACGCGCAGAGAGUCUUCCUCAACUGCGUCUCUGGGUCCAGUGUCCCGGCUGGACAGCGUCGUCAUCGGCGAACACCCUGUCGACUUUGCACCUGUCGACUCCAUAAACAUUGUCUCCUUCAACGCGGGUCUUCUCGAGUACCGCCUCUGUGGAAUCCAGAUCUACCAAAAUCCUCCCUUCACGCGAAGGCGUCUCAGCCACAUUCCCAUCUCUCUCUUGGACACCAACAGCGACAUCAUUUGCCUCCAAGAAGUCUACGACGACCUCCACGCAGACUUCCUCGUCGACUCCAUGCGUCACGUCUUCCCCUACGUUGGCAGACGAACCUCCGGAGGACGCUUCGCUCUGCACAACGGCCUCAUGGUCUUGAGCCGAUUUCCAAUUCGCCAUACUCAGUUUCACCCGUUCCAUGAUGUGACGAAUAUCGAGAGACUCUUUGGCUCAAAGGGCAUGUUGGAAUGCGGUAUCGACAUUCCCGGCGUCGGCGUCGUUGCCAUCUUCAACAUCCACUUGGCUAGCGGAGCGGUCGAUCCAGAGUCGCCAUACGUGGAGGCUCUGAGGAGCGCGGAGAUCCAGCAAGUUUUGAGUGCAUGCGAAGAUGCAGGACUCCGAGGCGAGAUUCCUGUGGUUGUGGGAGACCUCAAUGCAGCUCCAGACUUGUGCGCGAGCAACUACAAGUCCUUCGUCGAGCGCGGGUGGCGGGACUGCUGGCUGCAAGUCCACGGCGACAGAGACAUGCUGCUGCGACAUCACUUGGUACAUCAGCAGCAAAUGCUUCUCCAGCAAGACCUGCAUCCGGACCUGCUCGAGGAGAGGCAGAAGCAGGUCCAACUCGAGCUCGAGCACCUGCUCCACCAGCACAAGGUUCAGCAGCGCAUGCUCGCGGAUGACUUGCGCCUCCGGCGCGAGGCGGCAGCUCUGCGCGGUCGAGAGCAAGCCCAAGAGCUUUUGGAAAAUCCAGACGCGAAACUCCACGUAACGCCUGCAGCUGCGCAGCCGGACAGCCGCGGACGCGUGGAGGGUGCUUGCGAACGGACAGACAAAGUCGAGAGCGGCGUCGGGGGCUGUGGCGUCGAGCAGGGAAGGGAGCUGCGAGAGCUGGGCGAAGAGCGCGUUGAAGAAAACGACGCGUCCACGAAGGGAUCGGGAUCGGUGCGAGAGCGCGUCUUGUCAGGAGGAGAGAGAGCACGACAGUUCCUCGAAGCCGAGGUGAGCGACGGAUACCAUCCCCUUCCUCCCAACGGAGACACUGGGGACGGUGCCUUUCGGGGAAGGGCAGGGGGAGAAGAACGCCGCGCUCUGUUGCCGACAAGCUCCGGCGCGAGUCACCCUCACGUCGUCCUGGAACUGGGGACUUUCUUCGCGGGCGCUGCUGCCUUCGACGAAUCCAAGCCUCCCGGCGGAGUUCCCGCGACCCCACACACCACCGCCUCGACCUGCGCGCAAGUCGCCGGGGGCCUCGUGGAGACAGACGCAGACGCCAGAGACGCCUCCUGCGAUGCAGACGCGCAGGUCAUCGGUAAAGAGCGAGAUCUGGAGCAGGGAGAAUGUGAGAACGGGGAAACCGGAAAGGAGACAAGUCGAGAGCCACAGCAAGGAAAGUUCGCGUUCUUCGACAGAAGAAAUACGUCAGGCGACAACAGAGCGCAACGCUUCAGACCGGAGUCGCAUCGCCUUCUCUCACAGGCUCUCCUCACGACUCACCAAGUCGAAAUGCGAACUCGACAAACACGCAGAUCUCUCUCAGGGUGGGAAAUCAACUCUGGGCUAGGUGGAUCCGCGAUUGCAGAUGACUCUGAGGCGACGACGACCGACGAUGCGGAAGAGUGUUUGCUCCGUCGGAAAGGAGAUCGACCGUCGAUGACGCGCUCGGCCUUUUGCGGUUCUUCGCUGCUUUCGUCUGCUGCGGUGGUGCGGUCGUCGACGCCUGGACCGGAGGAAGAUUGGUCGCCGAGAGAAGACUUCACCUGGGAUCCGCAGAACCCUCUGAACUCGAUCGGUCCGCAUGCAGGCUGUCACGGCCUGAGGUGCGACUACGUCUUCCUCCCGCCUCAGCGACUCGCCGGGGCGCUCCGCGACUUCGUUCCGGUCUCCGGAGAAAUUCUUCUGCGAGAGCCGCGCGUGAUGGUGGACGCCUGCUGCUUCGGCUGUCUGGGGCAGGUGAUGCUCGUCACGCUGAGCGAUCACUACGCGCUGAGGAUCUCGCUGAAGAGAUCUGCCUUCGACGAGACGCUUUCCCACAGUCCGAGCAUGGUCCUUGCCCUCAAGGAAGCGAAUCUCUUCUACGAACUCCCGGGGGCUGUCCUCUCGGACGAAGCAGAAGACGAGGCAGAACGAGCAGAAGGCGACGGGGAGGCCGGCCGCGGCUGUGGAGAAGAAGCGCGAGAAGAGAGGAGCUGCGAACGUGGAGACGAACGGUCGAGGCCUUCGUGCUUGCUGACAGGCGAGAGGGAAGACGACAUCUGA